AUUUGCAGGCUGUGUGCUGGUGUUCUUUUCACACUGACACAUCCACACAGUGCUGCAAGAUUCAAACCUCAGGCGAAAUCUCUAAAUGUUGCAACUCUAGCUGGGGUUUACGAAAUUCACCGGCCAUUAAUUUAAGCCAGUGUUUAUUUGGAGGUGAAGAAGAACAAAUCAGCAGUCUGCUCUCAUCACCAGGGUGCAGCAAGGUCAGACAAGUUCACACACUCCUGAUUAGAGGCUAAUCACUCGGUGCUGCUGCUCAGCCAAUCAGUGCUGGGCACGACAAAAUGCAAAAGCUCUCAAAAUCAAACCAAGAGUGGACAGUGUCGGAGGAAACAUCAAAAGCAGGUAAAGCUACAACUACUGAGUGAAAUGAAGCUGCAGUCUGAAGCCCAGGUGGAGACUCUGUUUUUGAUGUUUAACUGCAUCCUUUUAACGUUGACCUUCAUCUUUGGGUUACUGUGGAACGUAUGGGUGUGUUGGGUUGUCUUCAAAACAAAAAGUCUCCAGACUUGCAACAAUGCUCUCCUUGUCAAUCUGGCCAUCGCAGAUUUGAUGAAGUGUUGUGUGGACGCACCGCUGCUGCUCUUCUCUUUUGUGCGUUAUGGCAAGGACAGGCCAGGGUCGGUGCCUUUGUGCUCCCUGCAGCAGUUCACCUACGCCCUCUGCAGCUGCGUCCAGCUGCUCACUCUGGUCAGCAUCAGCGUGGAGCGCUUCCAAACCAUCGCGUUCCCUUUCCAAAAGGACGGGACAAAAGCCAGGAUUCGCUUUUGGAUCUUGUCCAUCUGGGCGUGUGGCCUCAUUUUGGCCGUGGUGUCUCUGACUCUGUCCAAGCAAGCUCUUUUUUACAUGCUGUGCAGUUGGCAUGUGAGGGACCACCGUGAGUAUUUGGAUCCAUUUGGGCCUUAUGUGCUGGUGCCGCUGUGGGGACUGUCUCUGACUGUGAUCACUGUCCACUACGUGAGAAUAUUCAAAGUCAUCAGGCACCACAGAAAAAAGGUUUUCAAUCAAGGAGUGCAGCUGAGGCCCAUGGGGGGCGAACACGGUGGCUGGGCAGGUGUUCCUGCUUCGGCACCGCGGACAGCUCCUCUGCCUGCUGUGGCUGACGCUGGUGCUUCCUGUGCUGAUGCUCCUUCAGAGAUUGUGGGGGCAGUGUGCCUUCUGUGCCCUGGCGCCAGAGAGAGGAGCAGGAAACAUCUGGAAGGGAAAGUGGCCCAGCGUUUUGGGUACCUAAUCAUGGCUUUCACCCUUUUCUGGGUACCCAUGGUGGUUAUUUUGUUGAUGAAUAUCAUCUCGUCGCAUGAUACGCAUGAACUGCUGACCGAGCUGGAGACUUCAGCCGUCGUACUGAGCUGUGUGCAGGCUGCGGUCGAUCCCCUCAUCUACACUUUAGUCAUGAGACCGUUUCGCUCUGAACUCGCCAAGAUGAUGUCCUGCCUCGCCAGGUGUCCUGUCAAACUGAGGAGGAUGUGAAUGUUCCUCACUGGACCAA